GCCAUGCUCAAUGUGUGGAUCUGCAGCUUCCCUGCAUCGAGUCUGGCAUCCUGACCCUGUCUCUGGACUUGCAGCGGGCAGCCUGGCAGAAGCAGCUCUCUGCGGAUGCCAAGUUUCCGCAGAAAAGAUCUGUCAAACGAGACGUCAAGCUGAUUGUCGGCCUGGCCAAGCAGAAGCUGCGAGGCAAGCUUCUGGAGGCCAUGCGGCAUCUUCUGACGCAGAUGUCUCGGCAGCAGGCUUUGCAGCGGCUGGUGCCCAGAGCCCCUGACACGAAGCCCUCUCUGGUGAAGAAGAAGGGUCUGAAGCACCAGAAGAAGACGGCUCUGGGGAAGGCUGCCAAGGCUCUGGCGAAGGCCAAGGCUCUGGACGACAAGCCCUCUGCUUUGGUGCCAGGCUCUGCCCCGUCUGACCCCGUGUCUGAGAAGGCCUCUGAGUUCAAUCAGGCGACCAAGGGCCCUCUGUACCUCCGAGUCUGCUGGAUUCUGCGAGAGGACAGCAACUGUGGCAAGUCUGGCAAGUGCAAUCUGCACAACUUGCUGACCAAUCAGGUCUCUCUGACUGGCCGCUUAGUCGUCUCUCUGACUGGUGUUGGAGAUGCCUCUGCCACUGUGUUCCUCUCUGACAAGGAGGUCUGCGAGGUGGAUCCAUUCUGGAAGUCUCCCAAGAAGUGGAAGAAUCCGCGGCUGAAGGGGGAUCUGAAGCAGAUGGUUCUGCGAGCCUGCGGCGGCUCUAGCCUCUUUCUGGAGAGUUCUGGCAAGUUCUUUGCCGCGGAGCCUCUGGAACUUCUGGCUUUCAAGAAGUCUUAUCCUCAGAUGCUUCUGGGUCAGCAUCUGAGGUACGCCUGGGAGCGUCGGACCCCAAGCUGUCUGGCCAGGUUCUGGCGGGAGACCACGACCGGCCGGAGCUUCUGCAGGCUGCUUUGGAUCGACUCCGUUCUGAGAACAAGGUGGUCUUCGUGCCAGUCUGGGGGCAAGCUAAGCAUGAGGACUGCUCUGUGA